AUGGCUAGUAUUACUCAAGAACAUAGCUCUGCUCCGGGCACAGAGCUUUUGAUCGAUCAGGAUAAUUCGGACGCUAUACAACACUAUCAACAUGUUGCCCAUGGAGAUUCACACUUACUGCUCGUGCCACAGCCUUCGCUAACAGAUCCUAACGACCCCCUGUUAUGGCCACGAUGGAAGAAAUGGACCGUGUUUGGCAAUGGUCUUUUCUAUUCUUUCAAUGGAGGAGUCACAGGCCCUAUGAUGGCUGGAGGCAUGAUCGGCUUAUCCGUCUUCUUUCAGCGUCCUCUUUCCGACAUCGCCUACAGUAACGGUGCUACCUUGAUUUGUCAGGGCUUCGGUACACUCCUUUGGAUGCCAAUGACAGUCAAAUUCGGUCGCCGCCCCGUAUACUUGCUCUCCAACUUUCUCAUGGGCAUCGCCUGCAUAUGGUUAGCCAUCGCCUCCGAAAAAACCUUCCCCAACCUCGUCUGCGCUCGUGCCUUCCUCGGUCUUUUCGAAGCUCCUAUCGAAGCUAUUGUCCCCAGCACUAUUGCUGACAUAUUUUUCCUCCACGAAAGAGGAGAGAUGAUUGCCCUGUAUGGAUUGUCAGUCCUUGGCGGAAACGAACUUGGACCUCUCUUCUCGGCAUAUAUCAUUGAGUAUCUGAGCAUGAGAUGGGCGUUCUUCAUCAUUGCCAUCUCGAUUGGAGUGAGCCUCGCUUUGAUGAUCUUCUCGAUGCCGGAAACCAUAUUCGAAGGACACCGUCCGAUCAUCGUUCCUGCUCCAAAUUACGACUCCAAGAAAGAACCCAAGAAAGAAGAAGGGGAAAAAUAUUCAUCUGAGCACAUCGAAACUGAAGAACGGGUGUCGGAAGAGUCAUUGACCGUCACGAAACGAACAUACAUGCAGGACCUAUUCCGUUUUACUGCGAACAAGGACGUCAGCCUUUGGGCCUUAUUCAAACGCCCCUUUAUCCUCAUGGCGUAUCCAACCGUUCUUUGGUCUAGUCUAAUCUAUGGCAUGAGUCUAAGUUGGAAUGUUAUCCUGGGGGUUAUGGUCGCCCAGUUAUUUUCACCAUCACCAUAUAACUUCACCUCUGGCUCUCAAGGCCUUGUCUUUCUCUCUCCAUUGGUUGGUUCUCUUUCGGGAACAUACCUCUGCGGCCCCCUUGCAGAUCGAACCGCAACAUGGUUCACAGCCCGUAACAAUGGCGUGAGAGAGCCUGAAAUGCGCCUCCCAACUUGCAUCAUGGCAGCAUUCCUCACUUUCCAGGGUGCUUUAAUUUCCGGUCUCACAUACAAUUUCAAAACCCACUGGGCUGGUCCUAUUGUCGGAUUUGGGGUGCUCUCCGCUGGUGCCCAGAUGGGAGCCACUCUCGCUAUAUCAUACAGUCUGGAUUGUCAUAAGGAUCUGUCUGCGGAAAUCAUGGUGACGAUCUCAUGUCUUAAAUCACUCGUUGCGUGGAUCUGGACUUGGUGUAUCAAUGACUGGGUCUCGGCCAGUGGUAUUUUGACUGUCUUCAUGGUGAUAGCAACGGUGAAUGUCCUUGUUUACGGGACUACUAUUAUCUUCCAUUUCUAUGGAAAGUCGAUUCGGAUUUGGAUCCAUAAGAGCAACUUCAUGGGUCAAGCGUGA